AUGUUUCCACGUCAAACCUUUCAGCGUCAUGCACUAUCCCCGUUACCGAGACAACCCUUUCUUCAACAGCGAUGCUUUAUGAACAUGGCUCGUCGACCUGUGGGAUCAUCGAUUGCUACAACGAGAAGGACACCACUCUCUUAUCGAGCACCACCACAACAGCAGCUGCUAUUACAGCACCACCAGCAACCAUUCUUAUUUCCAGGUGCUAUGAUCACUCCACGUCGUUCAUUUUCUGUUUGGAAGAUCCCAAUUUAUCUUGCAACGACGAGCAAAUGGAAGCGUCGUUUAACGGUGCUUGGUAGCUUGGCGGGUAUCACAACGAUUGGUGCCAUCUUGGGACCCGCCUUUUGGAUUGUGAUUGGAGGCGUAGCCACGGUAGCCACAUGGCGAGUAUGGCGUGCCACGAGUCAAUGGUGGCAAUUAAUCAAUAAUUCAACAACGUCACAAGCCGUCGAGGAACAAGCAAAAAGCCUGUACCAAGUACUCAAGAGCCAAGUAGGUUCUCAUCGUGGUGCUGAAGACGUGAGACAAGCAGCCAUUGAGAAAAUCAUGCAAUGGGCUCAUACCGAUCAAGGGCAUCAUAUCUUAUUUAACGAGUUAAACCUGGGUCAUAUUGACGACAUUGAUUUUUAUCCGGUCCAUUCGACGACCAGCACGACAAGGUCCAUCUCCUCGAAUGGCCAAGAACAAACAGAGCGCCACAUCUAUAUUGAAUUUUGGGCACAAGAUGAUAAUACGCCUGGGUAUCGGGGAGGCAGCUGUUGCGUCCAUGUAGAUGCUGCUGUGGAUAAUCGAGGCAGCAUUAUCCUUAAGGAUAUCCGCUUGGCUGCACCUGGAUGGCACGCUGAUGAACAUAUUCCACUAAACCAACAAGCCCCAACAACACCCGAUGGCAAAGUGAUCGAAGGAGAAUAUCGUGAUGUGCAGUAG